AUGGCGGUGGCGGUCUGCCGUCAGUUGACAGCUCUGGCUGCCGGCCGUUGUGGCGGCGGCGGCAGCAGCAGCAGCAGCAGCAGCAGCAGCAGCAUUUGCUGCACCUGGGCCGGCAUCCACCACCGAGCCAGGGGACAUGGUGUAUCUUCUGGAUUGUUUUCAGUCCUUAGCUUGUGGCACAAUCAACAGCAGCAAAGGAAUCUUUCCUUGCAUGAGUACCUAAGCAUUCGAUUACUGGAGGACGCUGGCAUCUCUGUACCCAAGGGGAAAGUUGCCUCUACACCUGAAGAAGCAUACAAUGCCGCUAAAGCAAUUGGUUCAAGGGAUCUUGUUGUAAAGGCACAGGUUUUGGCUGGUGGCAGAGGAAAAGGGACAUUUGAAGGAGGUCUGAAAGGAGGAGUUCAAAUUGUUUAUUCUCCAGAGCAAGCCCGGGAUAUUACUUCCCAAAUGAUUGGAAAGAAGUUAUUUACCAAGCAAACAGGUGCAAAAGGAAGAAUAUGCAACAAGGUAUUGAUCUGUGAGCGAAGGUACCCCAGAAAAGAAUAUUACUUUGCAAUAACAUUGGAAAGGACAUUUCAGGGGCCAGUAUUAAUAGGCAGCGCCCAGGGAGGAGUUAACAUAGAAGAUGUAGCAGCGGAAAAUCCUGAAGCAAUUGUGAAAGAGCCUAUUGAUAUAAUUGAAGGUGCCAAGAAAAAGCAAGCUGUCAAGCUUGCAAAGAAAAUGGGUUUUCCUCCUAAUGUCGUAGAAGAUGCAGCAGAGAACAUGAUCAAAUUAUAUGAGGUGUUUGUUAAAUAUGAUGCCAGCAUGGUAGAGAUAAAUCCUAUGGUGGAGGAUGCUUCUGGAAUUGUAAUGUGCAUGGAUGCAAAAAUCAACUUUGAUUCUAAUGCUGCCUUCCGGCAGAAGGGUAUUUUUGCCCAGCAGGACUGGAGUCAAGAAGAUGCACAGGACAAGCAAGCAGCUGAUUCAGAUCUCAAUUACAUUGGAUUGGAUGGAAAUAUUGGUUGUUUGGUAAAUGGUGCAGGGCUGGCAAUGGCCACAAUGGAUAUCAUAAAGCUUCAUGGAGGUACACCUGCCAACUUUCUGGAUGUAGGUGGUGGGGCCACAUCUCAGCAAGUGACAGAGGCAUUUAGACUAAUUACUUCAAACAAAAAGGUAGUCGCUAUUCUGGUAAACAUAUUUGGUGGCAUCAUGCGCUGUGAUAUAAUUGCUAAAGGUAUUAUUCUAGCUGUGGAAGACUUGGAUUUGAAGAUCCCUAUAGUUGUGAGAUUACAAGGCACGCGAGUUGAUGAUGCCAAAGCAUUGAUUGCUGCCAGCAAUCUCAAGAUCCUAGGCUGUGAUGACUUAGAUGAAGCUGCUAAAAUGGUUGUAAAGCUUUCAGAAAUCAUGUCAUUGGCAAAGGAGGUCCAAGUGGAUGUCCAUUUCCAGCUGCCAGUUUGAGAUGCUUAUUAAAUAAAUAAAUUCCUGUGGUGUUUCACAAAAUUUUGUUUAAAUCCCUUGUGUCUUUGUGAAGGGACCCCUCUUAGCCAAGUUUCAAUAUUGUACACAUAAGGUUGACUUAUAGCACAAUGUUGUUAGGCAUUUUGUUUUGUUUGGCAUGCUGUGCAGACAGGGGUAAGUCUUUAAAUGAUUACCUAUGUUAUUUAAAGUUUGCAUGCACAUUCAGUUUCACUCCAAACUUCAGCGCUGAUAUAGAACAUGGAAAACCUGCAGCACAAUACAGGCCCUUCGGCCCACAUAGUUGUGCCGAACAUGUCCCUACCUUAGAAAUUACUAGGCUUACCCAUAGCCCUCUAUUUCUCUAAGCUCCAUGUACCGAUCCAAGAGUCUCCUAAAAGACCUUAUUGUAUCCGCCUCCACCACCAUUGCCAGCAGCUCAUUCCACGCACUCACCACUCUCUGAGUAAAAAACUUACCCCUGACAUCUCCUCUAUACCUACUCCCCAGCACCUUAAACCUAUGUCCUCUUGUGGCCACCAAUUCAGCCCUGGGAAAAAGUCUCUGACUAUCCACACGAUCAAUGCUUCUCAUCAUGUUGUACACCUCUAUCAGGUCACCUUUCAUCCUCUAUCGCUCCAAGGAAAAAAGGCCAAGUUCACUCAACCUAUUUUCAUAAGGCGAGCUCCCCAAUCCAGGCAACAUCCUUGUAAGUCUCCUCUGCAUCCUUUCUAUGACUUCCACAUCCUUCCUGUAGUGAGGCAACCAGAACUGAGCACAGUACUCCAAGUGGGGUCUGACUGGGUCCUGGAUAGCUGCAACAUUACCUCUCGGCUCCUAAAUUCAAUUCCACGAUUGAUGAAUUCCACAAUUCCACCGUAUGCCUUCUUAACCACAGAGUCAACCUAUGCAGCUGCUUUGAGCAUCCUAUGGACUUGGACCCCAACAUCCCUCUGAUCCUCCACACUGCCAAGAGUCUUACCAUUAAUACCGUAUUCUGCCAUCAUAUUUCACCUACCAAAAUGAACCACUUCACACUUACCUGAGUUGAUCUCCAUCUGCCACUUCUCAGCCCAGUUUUGCAUCCUAUCUAUGUCCCGCUGUAACCUCUGAAAGCCCUCCACACUAUCCACAACACCUCCAACCUUUGUGUCAUCAGCAAACUUACUAACCCAUCCCUCCACUUCCUCAUCCAGGUCGUUUAU